AAUUGUAUACUUAGUACCAGUUAGUGCUUAUACAUACAUAUGUAUGUAAGUAAAUACUUUAAUGGUGUAUGUAAUUUAAUAUCAAAGUACCUCAGAAUUUGGCGGCAAUGUGAUCUUGAUGUUUCUAUAAAUGCUAUCUGAGAGAUUCACAUUUCUUAUGUUAUGAAAAUCUUAAUUUUUGUGUAUAUUGCAUAAAAUUUAUAACGUUGCAAUGCCAGACGUGACAAUUAAUAACGUUAUUGUAAAUUUUCCUUUUAAACCAUAUUCGAUACAAGAAGAAUAUAUGGUAAAAGUGAUAGAAUGUCUUCAAAACGGUAAAAAUGGUGUUUUGGAAUCUCCAACUGGUACGGGGAAAACACUCAGUCUUCUGUGUUCUUCUUUAAGUUGGUUAUUAACAAAGAAAGCUCAAUUACAAGCACAAUCAUUAAUAGGUGCAAUUGAGAAGCCUGAUUUUGGUGGACAUUUUUUUAAUCAAUUGAGUAAUGGACUUAAAGAAGGAACAGGAGAUUCCGAGCCUACUAGUAAUUUAGGUUGGGCACCACCAAAAAUUAUCUAUGCAUCUAGAACUCAUUCCCAACUGUCGCAAGCAAUGCAAGAAUUAAAAAGAACUUCCUAUAAACAUGUAAGCACAGCUGUUUUGGGAUCUCGAGAUCAGCUUUGUAUUCAUCCAGAAGUUUCCAAAGAAACUAGUGGUUCAAACAAAAUAUAUAUGUGUCAUUCUAAAAUCAAAUCUAGGACAUGUUUCUAUUACAAUAAUGUUGAAAGCAGGAAAGAUGAUCCUCUUUUUAAACAAGAAGUACUUGAUAUAGAAGACUUAGUAAAAGCUGGACAAAAAUUUAAAUGUUGUCCAUACUUUUUGUCCAGGGAACUUAAACAGAAUGCAGAUAUUACCUUUAUGCCAUAUAAUUACUUACUGGAUUCAAAAUCACGGAAGACACAAGGCAUAGAUAUCCAAAAUAAUAUUAUUCUUUUAGAUGAAGCACACAAUAUUGAGAAAACAUGUGAAGAAGCAGCAUCAUUACAGAUAUGUAGUACAGAUAUUGCAAUGUGCAUUGAUGAAAUAACAGCUGUAAUGGAAGAUAUGGCUAGUAAUAUUGAACAAGAAAAUGAUUUUUCAAUGGAAAAUUCAGGAAAUAUUGUAAAAGAUUUUACUGCGGAUGACUUAUGUAUUUUAAAAGCUAUGUUUCUGGAAUUAGAGAAAGCUAUUGAUGCUAUAGAAAUCCUAAAACGCAAUGAGGGAGAUACAUUUCCUGGUGGAUACAUUUUUGAAUUACUAGGAAAGGCACAAUUAACUCAUGGCAGAGAACAACUUGUAAUAGAAAAGUUGGAGAAAAUUGCUUUUUACUUAACAACUACAAGCACUUCUCCAUUUACAAGAAAAGGUCAUGCACUUCAGAAAUUCAGUGACCUAUUAAAAACUGUAUUUAGCAGUGGUAAUAGUCCACGCUAUAGAGAAAAAAUCAAACAAUGUUAUAAAGUGUAUAUUCAAUUAGAAGAACAGAAAAAAACAAAACAAAAUGAAGUUUGGGAAACAAAAAAAAUACUUAAAAAGAAUGAAAGCAAAGUUAUCAGUUAUUGGUGUUUUAGUCCUGGAUUUAGUAUGCAACAACUAAUGGACCAAGGUGUGCGUUCAAUAAUAUUAACAAGUGGUACAUUAUCUCCUUUGAAACCUUUUAUAUCUGAACUUGGAAUACCAAUUGAACUUCAAUUAGAAAAUCCACAUAUUGUGAAAGGAGAUCAAAUUUGUGUCGGUAUCCUUAGUCAAGGACCUGAUGGUUAUUCAUUAAAUUCUUCUUUUAAUACAAGAAAUGAUCCAAAAUAUAUAGCAUCUCUUGGGCGAACAGUGCUUAACUUUAGUUGUAUUAUUCCUCAUGGUCUAUUAGUUUUCUUUCCUUCAUACCCAAUAAUGAAAAAGUGUAAAGAAGAAUGGCAAACUACAGGCUUGUGGACUAAAAUUGCAGAUCGUAAACCUAUAUAUGUGGAACCUCAGUACAGAGAUGGUUUUAUAAAUGUUAUGAAUGAGUAUUACGAAAAAAUCAAAGAUCCCUCUUGUAAAGGUGCUAUUUUUAUGGCAGUUUGUAGGGGUAAAGUGAGUGAAGGGCUUGAUUUUGCUAAUGCAAAUGGAAGAGCUGUAUUAAUUACAGGUCUUCCAUUUCCACCUUUAAAAGAUCCGAGAGUUAUAUUAAAACAACGGUAUUUAGAAGAAAUGAAGAAACAAAAUAAAGAGGCUUUGUCUGGUCAACAAUGGUACCAGCUUGAAGCAUCACGAGCUGUUAACCAAGCCAUUGGCCGCAUAAUACGUCAUAAAAAUGAUUAUGGAGCUAUAAUUCUUUGUGAUUGUCGAUUUGAUAAUCCAAGUUUUAAGAAACAUUUAUCUGCUUGGCUCAGACCUCAUAUAAAAAAUUUUACCUCUUUUGGUAUUAUUAUGAAAGAGCUAAAAGAUUUUUUCAAAUAUGCACAACACACUUUUCCACAACCGAACAUGCCUGGUGUACAAUUUACAAGUAGUUAUGUUUCAUUACCAGCAAUAUCAGCAUCAUUUGAUACAACCGUGUCUCGCACUGGAAAAGCUACUUUAAAGCAAAAAAUUGAAACCCCUUCAACUAAAGAUAUCUUCAAUAUUGAUUCAUAUACUAAGAAAGAUGAGGGAAGUAAACAAUCGGUUGAAACACAAAAAAGAAACUUGUUUGAACUUUUGGAAACAGAAUCAAAGCCUGUAAUUAAUUUUAGUAAUUGUAAAUUAAAAAGUGAUUAUACCACUUGUGAACUAACAAAAAAUAGCAGUGAACCUGUCACAAAAAAAAGGAAAAUAAAAAUGUUACCAAUAGAAUUUAAUGAACAUUUAUCUGGUGCUUCAACUUCCUCAUGUGUAAAUAGGGAUCAUACAGAUAAUACAACAUAUUCUCAACAAAUAUGUGAAGAAACUAAUAAUGAAGAAACUGAUAAAAAAGCUUUGGGCAAAGCAUAUUUAAAGGAAGUAAAACGAUCUUUAUCAGAAGUUGAUUAUAAAAUAUUUGCGAAAAUGAUACAGGACUAUACAAGAACAGGCAAUCUGGAGGAAUUGUUAAAAAUACUUCAAAAUCUAUUUUCCCCUAAUAAGGAAUUGCUUCAUUUAUUUAUAGGUUUUAAAUAUUUUGUAAAGAAGCAACACAUUUCUGUAUUUGAAAAUCAUAUUACUUUGAUCACAAAUACGCAAACGUAACAGUAAACAUAGAAAAGAAUUCAAAGAUUCAUAACAUUUUAAUAUAAAGAGUUAUUAUUAAAAACACGUUACAACAUGAUCAGCACUGAGAAACAGCUGGCACUUAAAUGCAAUAGAUAUUGAAGACAAGGAGGUCAAACUUUGUCUAUAAAAAGAACAUUCACAAGGUGCAUAUAAGAACAACCCUCCUUAUUUGAUUUUAAAAGACUGAUAUAAUAUUUCUAUUUUUUAAUAACCUAUCUCAAAUUUACACUUAUAUCUGCUACAUAUUUAACAUAUGAUAUUAAAAUAAUUAUUGAUUAUAAUAUAUUUCAUGUUAUUUUCUAAAAUAUUUUAUACUAUGUAUAUUAAAUACAAAAUCAUUAUAAAUAUUUGUCUGUAAAACAAAAAAUAAAUAAAAU